GGAAAUAUUUGUGCCAUCUCGACCCUUGUGGUUGGAGAGUCUCUUUACACAAAAUAUUCGGGAGGGCUAUUUGAAAUCCGCUCCCCAGGGUACAAAAGGAAGCUGCGAGAGGGGAAUAGAGAAGAGAACGAAGGUUUGGUUCUGGCAACGGAACAGAUGUCUUGCUCCGUUGCCAUUGCGAGCUCUCCGUCGUUCUCGCCUUCUCGAAUCCCUCUUUCCUGCAAGAGCUCCCCAGAAACCCGAACCCUAACCCUAGCGCAGCACCACCUCCAGGCCGCCGAGGGCUCGCCGUCGCCGUUGGGGACGCCAUGCUCCACCUCGCCGUUCAGGUCCCGGUUCCAGAGAGCGGCGGGGGGGCUCAGGGCGUUCUGGGCCGUAGACUCGUCAUCCCCUUCUCCGCCGCCUUCAAAUCCGGGUUCGAACUCGGUCGGGAAAUCUUCGCUGCUGAAGAGGAAGAGGCCGGCGCGGAUCGAUAUACCGUUGACGGAGGAUUUGACCUUCGCGGCGCCAGUGGGAUCGGACGGCCGGAGGGAGAUGGAGAUGGAGAGCGCACGGUUCUCGGUGUACUGCAAGAGGGGAAGGAAGAGGUUGGAGAUGGAGGACCGGUAUAAGGCUGAACUCGAUGUCCACGGUGAUCCCCAACUGGCGUUCUUCGGCAUUUUCGAUGGCCAUGGUGGUAAGGGAGCUGCUGAAUUUGCUUCAGAGAACAUGGGCGAUCGUAUAGUGGAGGAGGUGGUGACGAGAGGAGGAGAAAGGUGUAGCGAGAUAGAGGAAGCAGUCAAGAUUGGGUACCUGAAGACAGAUGCCGAGUUUCUGAAACAGGAUGUGGCAGGAGGGACUUGCUGUGUUACUGCUUUGCUUCGAAAGGGAGACCUUGUGGUUUCCAAUGCUGGGGACUGUCGUGCUGUUCUGAGCCGAGCUGGGACGGCGGAGGCUCUAACAUCCGACCACAAGCUUUCACGGGAAGACGAAAGGGAGCGAAUUGAGAGCCUUGGAGGCUUUGUGGAUUAUUGUCGAGGAACAUGGAGGUUGCAAGGUUCGCUAGCUGUAUCCAGGGGAAUUGGAGAUUCACAUCUUAAACAAUGGGUUAUACCAGAGCCAGAGACUAAAAUCCUUAAGAUCGAACCUGAAUGCGAGUUCUUAAUUUUAGCCUCUGAUGGGCUAUGGGAUAAGGUUGGCAAUCAGGAGGCAGUAGAUAUAGCUCGGCCCUUUUGCUUCGAUACUGAUAAGCCGUCACCUCUCUCUGCUUGUAAAAAGCUUGCUGAUCUAUCCGCAGCUAGAGGCUCACUUGAUGAUACUAGUGUGAUGAUAAUACAGAUGCGGCAUUUUGUCUGAAGCAAGAGAAGAUUUUUCUUCUUCUUUUUUCUUUUUUUUUGGUUCCGCAAGUGUUUGUUUUUUCAGCAACUUGCGGGGUUAUUCAUUGGGUUUUAGGCAUCAUUUUAUGGAUUCAUUUUAUACAAACUCGUUGAUACUCAUUCUCUAGCUGCUCUUUAAAAUUGGAUGAAUGCAAUAAGAAAUGGAGAAAUAAUUGCAUGGAUCAGGUCCAAGUGACCAGGGCAAAUCCCGAAGGAUAAUGUGCAAUCUAAAAUGGGUAAAAUAAAAGAUGGAAGCUCAUCAGUCAUAUUCAGACAUGUUUGCAUAAUUUCAUUGUGGUUUCUGUUCA